CAGGAACCUCCAGCGAAUACGCACACACUUACCCACACACCCCAAAAUAAAGAAGUAACAAACAGAAACUCUGUCCCUUUUCUACAGCCACUGCCAGGGUAGGUUACCCUCUGCAGUGUAUCUCUGGUUGGCUUCUUUUUUGGGCCUUCGGAUACCUUUGAGGCCCCCCGUGUGAUAAGGUGUGUGAGUUAGAUCAUUGGUUUCAUUUGGUAAGAGGAAAUUUAGCAGAGUUGAGCAAUGGUACAGGGACAGUUUUGAAAGCCCUUGAGAAAGCAUCAGAGUUGCAGAUCGAGUGUCAGGCGGCGAGGAACCCAUGCUGCAUCCGUACAGAAUGGAGGGGUACAUCAUCCCACCCAAAGAGGAGAGUAGAGAGAGAGUAACCUGGACUGGCUGGAUGUCACAGACACCGUCUGUACAAAAAGAUUACUGGGCAGUUUUAACCAAAGAUCAGCAGACAGAGGAAAUGUUUGAAUCAGAGAUAUAUCGACCACCAAUGGAGUAUCAGUAUAUCAUUGACGACAGUCAGAAUGAUCACGCUUGGGAUUAUAAUACACAUCAUGUCCAUCCGGUGGAUUUCGAGAACCUGCCGGAGAGCCACUUCACAGAGUUACAGAGCGUACAGCCACUACAUGCAUCGAAUGUGCAUCGCUUCCCAGAAGUUGAGUCGAGCCAUUUUAUCGACCCAGGCCUGCCCGGGCAUCACCUCACUCUGCCCCCUCCACAGAUGACGUAUUUGCCACGGCCAUCUGUGUGUUACCCUCACAGUGUACAGCCGUCUCCCCUCCAGCGCAGCUCGGAUGACGACGACCCCGGCAGUCGCAGUCCUCCAUUAGAGGUGUCUGAUGAGGAGUGUAUGAGAGACCACAUUACAUCAACAACAGGAGGAGAGCACGGUAACAAGAAGAAAAUUCGCUUGUAUCAGUUCCUGCUGGACCUUCUGCGAAAUGGUGACAUGAAGGACAGCAUCUGGUGGGUUGACCGAGAAAAAGGAACAUUCCAGUUCUCUUCCAAGCACAAAGAGGCUUUAGCACACCGCUGGGGCGUACAGAAGGGAAACCGCAAGAAGAUGACCUACCAGAAGAUGGCAAGGGCACUGAGAAACUACGGCAAGACGGGAGAAGUCAGGAAGAUCAAGAAAAAACUCACCUACCAGUUCAGUGGAGAGGUACUUGGGAAGACCCACACAGAGAGGAAGAUUUACAUGUAAACAUAUGCAUAAAAAAGCAAGAAAGAGGGAGAAAAAGACUUGGAGAAAACAAGAGAGAUCCUUUUUCCUCUAUGAAAACAGCAAAUGGACCAGAACCCUUAACCAUAGUUAUGACCCUACGGUUUGAAAGUUGACGAUUAUAUUUUUCAUUCCUUUUUUAUUAUUCACCUUUGCAUUAAUUAAUUAAGUCCUUUAAAUUUCAGUAGCUUUUGUGAUGCAGGACCAAAAUUUUCAUGUCUGUAUAGUGUGUAUAUAUGGGGAAAGGACACAUUUAAAGAGCAGAUACAAUGACCAAAGUGGGUAGUUUUUAUAAAUUAGACAAAAAGCUAUUCUCGAGUUAAAGACAGUUGCAAACUUUACCACCACGCAUGAUGGAAAAAAAAAAAAAAAAAUCACAAAAAUACAAAAAGCAGAAGUGAAAACCAAUGACACAGGCUCACACAGCACGGAAAACGCUGUCACGUCUGGGUAACACACACACACACGCGCAGAGAGACAGAUUCUAUGUUCAUGUUUGUACUGUCUUUAUCUCAACAUUACAUUCCAUCUGAAGAAAAUGAAAAAUCUUUAUAGAACCAUCACAAAUAAACAUUAAUUGCCAAUACAAAAA